UAUACACUUCACUUAAGUUUAAACAUGCCAACAUAUUAUGAGGAUAUCAGUUUAUAUCUUGGUUCCAGGAUUCAAAAAUCAAUUACAUAUACAGUUCAUGUCAAUGGUGUUCCAUAUGGUGAAAUUGAUCCCUCCUUCGCACAACAAUACUCUCAUGAGUUAGAUCAUCAAUGGAAAUUAUUUUGCUGCAACUACAUGUAUUUAGUUACUUGGAAUGGCGAUGUCAAUCAACCUAGACUAACAAAUGGAUGGACAGAGAUUCGUGAACAUUUGGAUUUGCAGAAUCAUUAUCAUCUUUUUGGUUUAGAGUAUUAUGGUGACAGCAUGUUUCACUUGGUGCUUAAUCCAACUAGGGAUUCCUCAACCUAUGGAUUACCCUCAUUUCACUCUCUAUCUGCUAAACCAAAUGAUUCAUUGAGUUUUGAUGUUGCUAUUCCUUCUGAUCCUAACUCUACAAUACAAUUAAUACUUAACCAAGAGUUGGGUGAAUAUAUUACUUCUUAUCACAAUUCCUUGCUGCUUGAAGGACCAGUAGCUGAGCCUAUGUUAUCUCCAAUUAUUAAGUUAGUAGAUCAAGACCAAGUCACAAGCUAUGAAGUGGAUAGUUGGGCUAUUUUCUGCAGGGAAAACUAUUUCAGUCAUGGAGAUAUUGUCAAGUUCACUUUCUUUGAUCUUGAAAAUAGUAAUAGGGUUGAUGUUGAUUGGAUAAGUCAUUAGUACAGCAUCUCAUUAGGUAUGUUAUUGAGUUUAUCUGUUCUAAGGAUUUGUUGUAAUCCAGCAUCAUGAAGC